AUGGCUGUUUAUGUUAAUGCUACUUCUGGUCCACCAAUUGCAAGUACUGCCGUUGCUCGGAGUUCAGCAAAUUAUCAUCCCAGCAUCUGGGGAGACAAAUUCCUCCCAUACUGUAACAACUCCCUCCUGAAAACUGAAGUUGAUAACGUAGAGGAGAAACACCUUCAAGGGCUGAAAGAAGAGGCCAAGCAGAUGCUGGUUGCAGGGGACACACCUCAGCAGAAAGUAAUAAGCUUAAUCGAUGAUAUUCAAAGAUUAGGUCUGGCCUACCAUUUUGAAGCUGAGUUAAGUGCAAUAUUACAGCACUUGAAGGAUAGCUUUCUUCAAGUUUACUGCACCAAAGUUGAUGUUGAUUUGCAUGAUGCUGCUCUAUGUUUUCGCCUGCUUAGACAGCAAGGACAUGUGGUUUCUUCAGAUGUAUUCUACAAGUUCAAGGACAACAACGUGAAGUUCAAGGAGAGCUUGGCUGAGGAUGUUAGAGGAAUGCUAAGCUUGUACGAAGCAGCACAUCUCAUGGUGCAUGGAGAAACUAUACUAGAAGAAGCUCUUGAAUUCACCACCUCUCACCUUAAUCUAUAUCUGAAUUCAAACCUCAACGAUCCAUUAGCAGGCCUUGUGGGUCGUGCGCUCAAGUAUCCCCUCCGUAGAAGUUUAAAUAGGCUUGUAGCAAGGCAUUACAUAUCCGUCUACCACAAAUUAUCUUGGCAUAAUCAAGUGCUGUUAGAUCUGGCAAAACGUGAUUUUAAUCGAGUACAGGCAUUGCAUCAGAGUGAGCUCGCGCGGUGGUGGAAAGAUCUAGAUUUUGCAAAUAAACUUUCUUUCGCAAGGGACAGAGUGGUGGAAUGUUACUUUUGGAUAUCAGGCGUGUACUUUGAGCCCCGGUAUACGGAGGCCCGAGUAUUCCUAACCAAAGUGAUUUCCUUAACAUCCAUUGUUGAUGACAUAUAUGAUGUCUAUGAAACUAUAGAAGAACUCCAGCAAUUUACUGAUGCAAUUGAGAAAUGGGAUAUCAGGACCAUAGAUCAGCUGCCAGAGUACAUCACCCUUUGUUAUCGUCCUCUACUGGAAGUUCUUUCUGAAGCUGAAGAAGAGAUAGAAAAGGCAGGAAGGCCAUCAUACGGCUUUCUUUACGCAAAGGAUGCUGUAAAGUUAACAAGAGUCUAUUUCGACGAAGCAAAAUGGUGUAAAGUACAGUACUUUCCAGAAUUCGAAUAGUAUAUGAGUGUUUCACUCAUAUCUGGGGGGUACAAAAUGUUAUCGGUCACAAGCUUCGUGCUAAUGGGUGAUGUGGCAACUAGAGAAGCAUAUGAAUGGAUUUCUAAAGAUCCGAUAAUUGUCAAAGCCUCAUCUCUGAUUUGCAGACUCAGUGACGACAUAGUAGGACAUGAGGUCAGACAUAGAAACUUUAGGUUGCAGCCGUUAUUAAUUAAGUAAAAUGUUCUGAUUAAAUUGACUAUGGGGUCGUUUGUGUUAGUUUAAAAGAAAGUGAUUUCUUACUUAAAGUAAAGA